CAUUAAAAUACAUUAAAAACUAGAUUUUUCUUCUUCUUAUUCUUCCUUUCUUCUCCUCUGUACUCUCGCCAGCCGCCACCUCUGUCUUCCUCUACCCGCAACUCGCUCCCAAUUCACCACCACACACGACCCAUCAUCGUCCACUCUCCGUCCCCUCUCCACAAUUUGCAGAUUAUUAUACACUUGGCCCGCCGGCGUCGGCGUCGGAGAAGAAACCGCCUCCAGCAUCCUCCGCUGAAGAAGCCGCCGAUUUCGAAAAUUAAAAGGUACCGGUUUCGAACAGGCAGAAGAAUUUGCACUCCCUUAACCCAAUCCCCACGCAAUGCCGACUGUCAUCCCAGGCGUGGUAGUGGUAGUAAUUCUUCCAUGCCGAGUCCUCGCGGCGGAAGGUAUUGAAGGUCUGAUCCUGCGCGUCGAUGACGAGAAAGCGCGGCGAUGUUUCACCCCGUCUCCAUACCAAUUCGACGGCGGCAACGACAACCUCUUCCCACUGUUUCACCCGUUUAGGCAGCGUCGUCGAUGUUUCAAUUCCGUCCACACAAUUUUGCAGACAAUUUUUUUCCCCAAUCUCGAGCUCAAUCGAUGCAGAUGAUGCGAUGGCGCCGGUGAUGGUAGAGAUGCGGAUUGGCGCCGCCGAUGGCGAAAUAAAAAGCUUGAUGACAGAAGAAGCAAGGGUGGCGGGGAAGAAGCAAGGGCGGUGGGUGGCGGGGAAGAAUGGGAGCGGAGAAGCAUUGCAAUGGGGUUGAAGGAAGAGUAGACUUGGCAGAGGAUUGUGGAUUUUAAUCAAAAUUAUUUUAUUACUUUCUGUGUAAUUUACUCUUUUGCCCUUAAUGAAUUAUGUUGUUACUAUAACAAUACUUUAAGUGUUGUUAUACUAUCCAGACCCCAUAUGUAGCUCAUUAAUCAAUUCUGUAUUUGAAACAUGCGUGCUUAUAUACAUAUGUUAGUCUUUACCAUAUAUUUAUAUAUAAACUUUUUGUUUAUUUUUGUAAGUUCCGCUGAUGCUGCCCAUACUAGCUAUUUAACCGAUUGAAUUCAUUUAUUUGGAUCCAAAAAUUAGGUGCAGUGGAACAUCUUUUAUAGAAGAGGAAAGCUAAUGUGAAUAUUAACUAAGGAAGAAAAAAAAGGCAGAGAAUGAGAUGCAGAGCAGGGUAGGGUACGUAGGCAGCUUACAGCAGAGGUCUGGAAAGAAACGACUGAGAAAAAGUCAUCGGACGUUUUCUUGGCGAAAGGAAGGAAAGCUGAUGAGGUGCGUAAGCCUGAGAAUUCCGCCAGACCCUUCCCAUUUCCCUGCAAUCAGUGUUGGUAACUACUAGUUAACUACUAGUUAACUUCGUCAGACAGGCCGCCAGAUCCUCCUGAUCAACCCAAGAAUCAACAGCAACUUCAGAUCUCCAGCCCUCCAAUACUGAAUUUCAAAGCAGCGCUGGCGGGGACACCCUCAACAAAUCCAUCCAGAACGGCUCAAUGGACCUUCAUUGGAGACCACGACCUAGAGACAUCCACGUUCCAAGGAGCGCCAGCCUUGAAAAUCUCCCCGGCGCUAAAGGAACGGCUGUGUCAACCUUGGAAAAAGACACUGAUAGUUCGACUCCUAGGCAGGUCAGUCUCAUACUCGCACCUUGUUUCACAAUUGCGGUGGAACUGGAGACCGGUGGGAUCUCUAGAUGUCAUGGAUCUUAACAACGAAACUUUCUUAGCAACUUUUGGAAACGACCAAGACUAUCUAAGGGCACUCACAGGUGGACCGUGGGUCAUCCUGGAUCACUAUUUGAUUGUUCAUCAAUGGUCUCCAACCUUCCGCACCUCCGACAAACCUCACAGAUCAGUGGUAGCGUGGGUACAAUUGCCAGAGCUUCCAGUGCACUUUUAUCACAGAGAAAUUCUCUUUGCUUUGGGAAACCUCAUCGGAUGCACAAUCAAACUCGACUAUCACACUGAGAAACUAGAAAGAGGUAAAUUUGCUCGUAUUGCUAUCGAGUUAGAUAUGACGAAGCCAUUGCCCACAAAAAUCUGGCUAGAUAACUUUUGGCAGCAGGUCAUGUACGAGAAUCUCCCCACUAUCUGCUAUGAGUGUGGGCAGAUUGGGCACCAAGAAGAUUCCUGCCCUAAAAUCAACCAGCACGCGACUAUGGUGACCUCGCCGGAUUCUAGAAAACUAGCUUCACCGGCGACGAGCUCACAAGAUCUGCCGGAGGGAUUUGGGCCCUGGAUGCAAGUCACGCGAAAAUCAAGGAAACAGAUUAGGAAAGCGAAUGAGGUGAACAACCAAAAUCGAGGACAGCCAAGUCAAAAUCGAGCAGAUUCUGGCAAGGGAUACGGGUCUGCAAAAGGAAAGGGAGAAGAACCAACAGGAAAAGGAAUCAGAGAGAAAAAAGGAAAAGCAGAACAAACCUUGCACAACAAAAAAGGAAGCUCUACAAAUCAGAAACAAGACAUACCAAAAGAUGAUGACAUACUUAACGGUACAAAAAAGGCCCAACCUCUAAAAGAAUGGAGGCCCAUUGGUACGAGAGAGGCGACACAGAACAGACCAGCACAACAGAUUGAGGCUAGCCCAAUGACACUAGGAUCAGAACCUUCAACAUCGGGCUCCAAACAGAUUUCCGUCACCGAAAGAACACAGGGUCAACAAGGGACUACUAUUCGAGUUAUCUCAGUUCCAGAACUGGUUCUCCCAGGCAAAGAAAACACCAACCCCAAUACUACAAUAUCUUCUAUCCGCCAACACUACCAAAGGAAGAAAAACGAAACUGGAAAGCAAGAGAAACCAAGAGGAAUCAAUGUCAAGGCGGCCAAGAAGCCACUCCAAAUCAGAAGUGCUAAACAGCAAGAGACACCGCAGAAAGCCAAACAUGUGAGCGGUCCGAUUACGAUGCAGUCUAUCGAAGAGUUUUGCUCGCAAGCUCAGCGUAAGAUGAAGAACAAUCAUCAAAUGACCCAAACGAAUCAAGAGGAUGUCCCCAUGGCGGAGACUUCUUCACCCUCGACGGCAAACGAAAAUCAAAUGGAGGACCAAGGACUCGCGGCGACAGAACUCGCCAGCCCCACCACCUCUUGAUCCCUUUCCCUGCUUUUUGAGUUUUGUCUUUUGUUCCUUUUUUUUUAUCCAGUUUUCUAUGUCUACUCAUAUUAAUUUCAAAAUACUUUCUUGGAAUGUGUGUGGAGCAGGUAGCAGGAAGUUCAUCCGGGCUAUCAGACUUCUCAGUGAAACACACAAACCAGAUUUGUUGAUUCUGUUGGAGCCACAAAUUAGUGGCGAUAAGGCAGACUCGGUUUGUAACAAGCUGGGCUUUGACGAAGUCUUGAGAAUAGACGCAGAAGGGAGAA